AUGGCUUCAGGACACAAUGAUCCCAAGCUCCUCUAUGCCGUCGAGGGCAUUAACGCAUACCACAUCUCCAAUGGCAAGGAGCGGUCCCUGACCCAUUCCGGGUCUCAGACCCUGUCGCUCCUGAUGGUCCCAACCUCGUCGGGGUUCGCUGAUCCCUCAGGAGGCGGCGGCGGCGGCGAGGAGGACUUUUAUCUUCACCUUCAUCUCCCUCCGGAGCUCGACCUUCCCCUGCCUGCCACCACUCAGAUCUACCACCAACCUCCCACCAGCUAUCUGAUCCCUCGCUGGGAUCUCGGUCCUGACAGCGGUGCAUUCACCCGAAUCGAAUUCCCCGCUCUCGGAACCAGGAACGGCAUUCAGGAGGACGUUGACACCUUCGAGACCAUCCUCGCUCAGUGCACCGCCUUCCUUGAACGGACUGCACCGCCAAAGUCCAGAUCCUCCAAGGCCGCCAUGGAAAAGGAGCGCGAGGCUGCUGCAGAGCGCAUUCCCGCUUACAACCCGGCCGAGUACAGCCCUGGCCAGGCCUAUGUGCAGGGCAGCCACAGUUCACACUCUGGUGGCAGGAUUGUGCUUGUCGACGAAGAAGAUGGAAGCGUUAUUGGCGAGCUCACCGACUCUUAUCAGGUUAUUGAAGACAAGACCAUUCGCCCUGGAUCCAAAGAUCCUGUUGAAAUUUCUUUCCCAGUAGAUGGUAGCCAAAACAUCUCUGUUCAGCCUUCAUCACAAGGAUACGUCGAGAUGGACCACCAUCCCGCCUACAAGAAGUCAUCGCUAGUAUCUAAUGCCUCCAAAGCUUCUCGCCUGAUUGUCACCACAUCCGAUAUUGUCACCAGGACGCUGCAGAGCCAAGCCAGCAACUUUACAAAAAGCACGAAGCCCCUAGCCACGCCCGUUACAUUCGCCCCCGCUACGCAUGAACGUGUCCGUCGCAUCAACCAGUUCUCCUCCAAAGCCGCCGUGGUCUCAUCCUCGACUGUCGGUGCCAUUGGAAACGUGGCACAGAAUCUCGGUGCCAGCCUUGGCCGUCGAAAGGAUGGUCGCUCUCGGGGCUACGAUAAAGAUGGAAACGCAAUCGAAACGUACAAACCUGGAGUGCUCAACAAGAGCUUAAUGGCCUUCAACACGGUCGUUGAUGGCAUGGAACAGGCCGGCCGAAACCUACUCACUGGCACAUCGAGUAGCGUGGCCACAGUUGUGGGACACCGCUGGGGCGCCGAAGCUGGCGAGGUGUCCAAGCACAUAGGAGGCGGCUUCAAGAAUGUCGGCCUUGUUUACAUUGACGUAACGGGUGUGUCGCGCCGCGCUAUUCUCAAGAGCGUGGCCAAGGGCAUGGUUGUGGGCAAAGUCAAGGGCGGAGGAGACCUCAUCGUAGGAGGAACCGAUAACAAUAGCAACGUGGCCCUCAUGUCUGGAGGAGAUGGCAAAGUCGACAGCCAACGCAAGGAUUCCUACAGCACAUACAGCGAUGCGCAGAGCACAUUCAGUGAGCAUGAUCCCUAUGGCAAACGGCCUGCCAAGGGACCCUUUUAA